UGAAUUAUUUUUUCCGUAGUUUGCUUAUAGUAUUUUUCGUGCUUGUUCUGUCAGUUCUGUUGUGUCCACCUGUGCGCUAUUGGGUAGAAUUUUUGUUUUCAAUUAAUUUUUUGUUUAAUAUCCAAUAAGAAUACGGAUAAAGCCUGGAAGUAGUAAAUAAACGCCGCAUAAGCGAUUCAAAUUCACAGUUCACAAAUGCAGACAAAAAUGUACCUUUAAAUAUCGCAAAUAUUGGGUUUUAUUUCAACAUUAUUUAUAUCCACGCAAUCCUCUGCGCUUAAUCAGCGUAAAGAUGGUGUAUCUAGCGGUGUUUUAUACUGCUUUCCUCGCAGUUUCUGGAUUAAGUUACGCUAUAGCAAAUGCCGAAGCUCAGGCCCCUAAUGAACCACAAACAUAUCAGCCAACAUACAAUAAGGAUUAUCAACCCCGCUACAAUCCACUCUACACGAAUUCCCAACAAGGAUCGCCCAUAUCACAAUAUGAAAAUCCUUUAAUACCGUCACAGCAAGAUUUACAAAACCCCAAACAGGGUGGAGGUGGAUUAUUGGUUGGUCCACCAAAUCAAAGCAACUUUUAUGAUCAACCAUCGAAUACAUUGGGUGGCGGUGGCGGUGGUGGCAUUAAUAAUUACGAUCCCUUCAACCGUGGUGGUAUUACAUCAACCGGGACUGAUUACGUAGAUAAUUACAAUGAAAUGCAAAAUUACUGCCCAGAACAUUGGAUACCGUUUCGUCAAACGUGCUACAGAUUUAUACGUUCUCCAAAACGCAAUUGGUUGGAAGCUAAGAAAAUUUGCAAAGCGUACAACGCUGAACUUUUAAAUAUUGAUAACAUAGAAAAACAUUCGUUUGUAUUGAAACAAUUGAUAAUACAAAAUCAGCGACAAAACCGUUUUUGGAUAUCCGCACGUCAAACGGGCCCCAAUAGUUGGGCAAACGAUGAUAACUCACCAUUCCUCGCGCUCGAGGACUCAUUUGCCUUCGACGAAGAUCAGGCUUUAGAAAACGAAAAUUUACAUGAUAAUCGAUUUUUGGUACAGAACAUGUACCAGAACGAGUAUAAUCGUAAUCAUCCGAACCAAUACUACAACACGAUACCGGGUUCGAUAAAUAGCCGAAAUCAAAAUAAUUUGAGAGGCUUCAUUGGCCCCAAUCAAUACGGUGAUAACCCUUUCAACAGAGAUCGUGUAGUUUAUGGCUUUUCGAAGAAGCGUGAUCGUUGGAUGUUUAUGCCUGCAUAUGACAUAGAGUUGAAUUUGUUUAUCUGCGAAUCUGACAUUCUGUAUAAUCCAGAAAAUAUCAAUAUUAAGCUAGACGAUAAACGUCCCUUCCACUAUGGCUUAGACAUCAAAGAUUUUGAAAAAAUUCCUCGUGGGCCAUACUUUGUUAAGCAGCCAAAUGAUACCACAUUUGAUACCAGCAAGAAUCGUCUUAUAAAUGAUGUUACAUUAAGUUGUUUGGCUGGUGGAUUUCCCACACCUACCUAUCGCUGGUACCGUGAAGUCUACGUAAACGACACGCUUGAAUAUAUGACAAUAGACCCAUUGAAUAACGAUCGCUAUACAAUUUCUGGUGGUAAUCUGAUAAUUUAUGAUCCAAAGCAGGCUCUGGAUCAGGGCGCAUAUCAUUGCGUUGCGGAAAACAAAUUUGGUCGUAUACGUUCGGAGAGCGCACAUUUGAAUUUUGGUUUUAUAAUGGAGUUUAAUUUGAAACGUUCGGCUGAGACGGCUGAUAUGAAUUGGGGCAAAUCCAUAUUUUGUGAUCCACCGCAGCAUUAUCCGGAAGUUAAGUACUAUUGGGCGCGCGACUUUUUCCCAAACUUCGUACAGGAGGAUCAACGUGUUUUUGUAUCAAAUGAUGGUGCGCUUUAUUUUUCAUCUGUUGAGAUUGUCGAUCGCGCAAACUAUUCCUGCAGUGUUCAGACUUCAGUGUCGGAUACAGGCCGAAAUGGCCCAUUCUUCCCCUUACGGGUUAUGCCGAACAGCAAUCAUCAAACGUUAAUAUUCGCUAAUACCUUCCCUAAGGUAUUCCCUGAAGCGCCCAUUGCUGGGGAUGAAAUUCGUCUCGAGUGUGUCGGCUUCGGCUAUCCAAUACCAUCAUACAAUUGGACCAGAGUCGGUCAACCACUACAGCGUAAUGCUUACACAAUAAGCAACAGUCGUGUUUUAAUUAUUGAAAAUGCUACAACCAAUGAUAAUGGGGAAUACUCAUGCACAAUUUCAAAUCCACGCAAAUCGAUACAUAAAUCAAUAUUCAUUAAUAUACAAAUGAAACCACAGUUCACCAUCCCGUUAAUGGAUAAAAUUAAGGAUUAUAAUGGCGAUGUUACAUUUAUUUGUGAGGCUUUUGCAAUACCCGAUGUAAAUUAUACUUGGUAUAAGAAUGCGGAACGCUUUGAUCCCGAGCGCAUAGACAAGGAUCGUUAUAUUAUACAAGAUAAUGUACUUACGAUAAAGUAUUUAGACCCAAGCAAGGAUGAUGGUAUGUAUCAGUGUGGCGCUACGAAUCAACUGAAAACUGCUUUCUCAUCGGCACAAUUGCGUGUCCUGUCGAUGAAACCGUCAUUUAAGAAGAGGCCACUCGAACCAGAAAUAUAUGCGGUGCAAAAUGGCAAUACGACUAUCGUUUGUGAUCCCGAAGCGGCACCACGUCCAAAAUUCCAAUGGAAAAAAGAUGGUCAACUGAUUGGCGCUGGUGGACAUAGACGCAUAUUACCGAGCGGUACCUUGAUAAUAUCACCGACAUCACGCGAUGAUGAGGGUCUUUACACAUGCAUUGCUACUAAUAAGGCUGGUACAGAUGAAUCCCGAUCUCGUGUUAUUGUGUUACAGGAGCUGCGUUUCACACAGACACCACCGCUGCGUAUCACCACACAAGAGCACGAUCUAAUUUUCCUACAGUGCGAUGCCAACUAUGAUGAGUUGCUCGAUGUUGCAUUUAUUUGGAAACGUAACGGCGAAGUAUUGCGGGAUAAUCACGAUGGCACAGAACGUAUUAUAAUUGAUAGAAACCGUCUUACCGUACACAAUGUAACCCUACUUGAUGGCGGCGACUAUGAGUGCGUGGUAAAGUCUGCAGUGAAUGAGAUUGCAUCUAAAACAUCUGUGGUGAUCGAAGGAGCUCCUGGUGCACCGGGUGGUGUACAAGUCGUUGAAAUCGGUAAAACCAAAGCGAUUAUUGAGUGGGUAGAUGGUGCUAGUAAUGGACGGCCUAUUCGCUAUUAUAACAUAUUGGGCCGCACCAAUUGGAAUCGCACUUGGGUUAAUGUGUCGACAAGUGUACGGGGUCGUGAAGUAGAUCGUUACACUGGACGUCAGCAAGCUGAAGUCUCUAAUCUCAUUCCUUGGUGCUCCUACGAAUUUAGUGUAGCUGCUGUAAACGACUUGGGCAUCGGUAUACCAUCCACACCAUCGCCAAUCUACAGUACAUAUGAAGAUAAACCAUAUAUUGCGCCACGUAAUGUUGGUGGUGGUGGUGGUAAGAUUGGUGAUUUGACAAUAACUUGGGAUCCAUUAUUGCCACAGGAGCAGCACAGUCAUGGCAUACAUUACAAAGUCUUUUGGAAACUUAAGGGCACACUAGAGUGGGCAUCGGAAGAGUUGAAAUCGCUGCAGAACGAUGGUGUUGCAGUUGUUAAUAUACCACUGAAUAACUAUUAUACCGAAUAUGAGGUGAAAGUGCAGGCUAUUAAUAAUAUUGGCAAGGGGCCUGAAAGUGAACCUGUGGUUAUAUAUUCCGCGGAAGAUAUGCCACAAGUGGCACCACAAAAACCAUUCGCUAUACCAUUCAAUUCUACGGCUUUCAAUGUAACUUGGCAACCGAUAGAAAUGACACGAGAGAAUAUACGUGGCAAGUUGAUUGGACACAGAUUGAAAUAUUGGAAGACCACAAACGACGAGGAGGAUGCUGUGUAUUAUUUAUCGCGUACUACUAGAAACUGGGCUUUGAUAGUUGGUUUACAACCAGAUACGUACUAUUUUGUUAAGGUAAUGGCUUACAAUGCGGCCGGUGAAGGACCAGAGAGUGAACGUUUUGAAGAACGAACAUAUCGCAAGGCCCCGCAGAAACCGCCAUCUUCAGUACAUGUGUAUGGUAUUGAUCCUUCAACGGUGCGGGUGGUAUGGCGAUAUGUGUCACCAGCACAGGAUGAAGAGCCAAUUGAAGGCUAUAAGGUGCGUGUCUGGGAGAGUGAUCAAAACAUGAUAACUGCCAAUAAUACCAUUAUACCAGUGGGUGAAAAGUUGGAGGCACUCAUUACAAAUCUUACGCCAGGUAAAAGCUACAAUAUGCGAGUACUGGCAUUCAGUAACGGUGGCGAUGGUCGCAUGUCCAGUCCAACAUUACGCUUUCAAAUGGGGAAAACAACGCGUAAUCAAGGAAGUCGUCAAUACAAUAGUGGCCUUAACAUGAUGUUAACACUUUGUUUAUUGUACCUCAUAUCAGAAUACCUAAACAAUAACUGAUUAAUACAAUUGAACUUACUUCGAUGCAGUUUAUUAUAUAUAUUUAUAAAUUCCGUCCAUGCUGCAUGCGUGUCCAGAAAUAUUUCCAUAACUAAAAGUAUUUUUAAGAGUGUUCAGCGAAAA